AUUUCCACUUGUAAUCAUACAACUUCUCUACUCUGCUAGAGCAAGAAACCAAAAAGAUAUCGUUAUCAUCAUCAAUGGCGGAGAACAAGGUAAAUCUGUCUAUCAAUGGACAAUCAAAAGUGCCUCCAGGUUUCAGAUUUCAUCCCACCGAGGAAGAACUUCUCCAUUACUAUCUUCGUAAAAAAGUUCACUCUCAAAAGAUCGAUCUUGAUGUCAUUCGUGAAGUAGAUCUCAACAAGCUUGAGCCUUGGGAUAUUCAAGAGGAAUGUAGAAUCGGUUCGACGCCACAGAAUGACUGGUACUUCUUUAGCCACAAGGACAAGAAGUAUCCAACGGGGACAAGAACAAACCGGGCAACAGUCGCCGGAUUCUGGAAAGCUACUGGGCGUGACAAGAUCAUCUAUAGUUGUGUCCGGAGGAUUGGAUUGAGGAAGACACUCGUGUUCUACAAAGGAAGAGCUCCUCAUGGUCAGAAAUCCGAUUGGAUCAUGCAUGAGUAUCGCCUCGAUGAUACUCCAACAAUGACUAAUGGCUCUUUUGAUGUUGUGCCUGAAGAUCCGAUGAGCUAUAACGAAGAAGGUUGGGUGGUAUGUCGAGUGUUCAGAAAGAAGAACUAUCAAAAGAUCGACGAUUGUCCUAAAAUCACUCUAUCUUCUUCACCUGACGACACGGAAGAAAAUAAAAGGCCCACCACAUUUCACAACACUCAAAACGGCACCGUGUUAGACCACGUUCUUCUAUACAUGGACCGUACCGGUUCUAACAUUUGCAUGCCCGAAAGCCAAACGACGAUCAAAACUCAACAUCAUCAUCAAGACGAUGUCUUGUUCAUGCAACUCCCUGGUCUUGAGACACCCAAAUCCGAAAACCCGGUCGACCAACGUUUCAUGAUUCCGAACCAAGUUGAUUCCUCUCCGGUUCAAGAAAAGAUAAUCGGUAGACCGGUUUGCAGUAACUGGGCUAGUCUUGACCGGCUUGUGGCGUGGCAAUUGAACAAUGGUCAUCAUCAUCCGUGUGAUCGUACCAGUUUUGAUGAAGAAGAAGAAGAAGAUGGUGAUAAACUGAUGCAACGAUGGGAUCUUCAUUGGAAUAAUGAUGAUAAUGUGGAUCUUUGGAGUAGUUUCACUGAUCAAUCUUCUUCGUCUCCUUCGUCUUUAGACCCUCUUCUUCAUUUAUCUGUUUGAUUGUAUAUACACGUAAACAUACACAUACACAAGAUAAUAAAAAAUAUAUAUACAUAUAUUACUUGCAUAUAAUAAACGUUCGAAUAAAGUUUGUUAACAUGUCUUUAUGUACUAUGAUAUCACGUCUAGAUUUUUUGGAG